CGCUCUAUUUAUGCCGCUUGCUAGCGACACCGACCGGGGGUCACUUGCCCACUAGUCACUUCAUUCCCUGUCACUAGAGGAGCUGCUCCCGGCCUUUCACCGAUCGAUCCUUUCUCCUGUGUGCGAUCGCGUCUGGCCGGGAUCGAUGGGGAGGUCGCCGUGCUGCGAGAAGGAGGCAGGGCUGAAGAAGGGCCCGUGGACGCCCGAGGAGGACCAGAAGCUGCUCGCCUUCAUCGAGCAGCACGGCCACGGCUGCUGGCGCUCGCUGCCGGCCAAGGCCGGGCUGCGGCGGUGCGGCAAGAGCUGCCGGCUCCGGUGGACCAACUACCUGCGGCCGGACAUCAAGCGGGGCAAGUUCACGCUCCAGGAGGAGCAGACCAUCAUCCAGCUCCACGCUCUCCUCGGCAACAGGUGGUCAUCGAUCGCGACGCACCUGCCCAAACGCACGGACAACGAGAUCAAGAACUACUGGAACACGCACCUCAAGAAGCGGCUCGCCAAGAUGGGCAUCGACCCCGUCACGCACAAGCCCCGCGCCGACUUGGGCGCCUCCUCCGGCUCUGCUGCAGGCGCCGGCGCCGGCGCGCGCUACAGGGCCGCCGCGCACCUCAGCCACACGGCGCAGUGGGAGAGCGCGCGCCUCGAGGCCGAGGCGCGCCUGGCGCGCGAGGCCAAGCUGCGCGCCAUCGUCUCGCCGCCGCCCGCGCCCGCGCCAGGGCCAGGGACAGGGCCGGCGUUUAUCAGCGGGCUCGAGUCGCCGACGUCGACUCUGAGCUUCUCCGAGAGCGCGCAGCUGUUCGCUAACGCGCCGCCGCACGACACCCACGGCACGCCGCGCCACGCCCUGACGCCGCCGCGCUCUUACGAGGAGGCGUUCGGGGAGCUGCAGCCGCAGCAGCAGCGCUUCGGCGACGCAGCCGCGCCGGGCUUCGUCCUUGCCGGCGUCCUUCUCGACAGCUCUGUCGCCGGCGCGGAUCAGCAGAGGUUCGCAGCCUCGUCGACGGACGCCAGCGUCAGCGUCAGUGAGCAGCAGGAGGAAGAGGACAAGGGCUACUGGAGCAGCAUACUGAAUAUGGUCAAUUCUUCCAUGUCGUCGUCUUCGUCCUCGUUGACCUCCGACGCUGUCACGGACCCCGCCAUGUACUUGCCGGCGGCGGCGGCGGCGGAGUUCUGAGUGACUGUCACGCAAUAAUGAACUUGUGCUAAUGUUACUUUUGUCAUGUGUGUUGGUUGCUAGGUGUUUUGAUUCUAGUUUACGUGCUAAUGGGUGUCCACGUGUUUUGGUUUUUAUUAUGUGCAAUAAACGUGUAGUACGGACUGAUUUUGUUUGCGUGGGUGUCUCCAAUGUAGUACAAAUAACAGUGUUACUGUUCA